ACGUAUCUGAACUACAAGAUGAGUGGAAGAGGUAAAACCGGCGGUAAAACUAGGGCUAAGGCCAAGACUCGUUCAUCCAGGGCCGGACUGCAGUUCCCCGUGGGUCGUGUACACAGGCUUCUGCGUAAAGGUAAUUACGCCCAGCGCGUCGGUGCCGGCGCUCCGGUUUACUUGGCCGCUGUGCUCGAGUAUCUGACCGCUGAGAUCCUCGAGUUGGCCGGUAACGCCGCCCGUGACAACAAGAAGACCCGUAUCAUUCCCCGUCACCUGCAGCUCGCUGUGCGUAACGAUGAAGAGCUGAACAAACUGCUCGGAGGAGUGACCAUCGCUCAGGGAGGUGUACUGCCCAACAUUCAGGCCGUGCUGCUGCCCAAGAAGACCGAGAAAGCCGUCAAGACCAAUUCACAGCGCGACGAUAUGGCAAGAACCAAGCAGACCGCCCGUAAGUCCACUGGUGGCAAAGCGCCCAGGAAGCAGCUCGCCACUAAGGCUGCUCGCAAGAGCGCCCCGGCUACCGGCGGCGUGAAGAAGCCUCACCGUUACAGGCCCGGCACCGUGGCUCUGAGGGAGAUCCGCCGUUAUCAGAAGUCUACUGAGCUGCUUAUCCGCAAACUGCCCUUCCAGCGCCUGGUCAGAGAAAUCGCUCAGGAUUUCAAGACCGACUUGCGUUUCCAGAGCUCGGCCGUCAUGGCCUUGCAGGAGGCUAGCGAGGCAUACCUGGUCGGUCUGUUCGAGGACACCAACCUGUGCGCCAUUCACGCCAAGAGAGUGACCAUCAUGCCUAAGGACAUCCAGCUGGCCCGCCGUAUUCGCGGAGAGCGCGCUUAAACCUCAAUUCUGUCUAAUGUACACAAAGGCUCUUUUAAGAGCCACCA